CACAUUUUGUAGGAAAGUAGGAAAAUGUAACAAAAUUUUAACAAGUUUUAAAUUGCGCGCCAUCCACGUCAAAGAUCUAAAGAAUUUGGCAUUUUUGUGUGAAACGGUCCCACUAAACAGCUGCGUAUGAAGAAAAAUAUAUUUUUUCCUUGAAAUGCGUAGCUAGUAAACAAAGAGCCUACCGAUUCGUGAAACUUAAGAUUUACCAAACAGAUAGAAGACGUGGCCCUGAUGAGUAUCGAUUCAUAUAUCCAAACCCUUAACUCAACCCUACAAACCAUCGCCCAACAAGUGGAGAAGUUUGCUGGCGUUGCUCUAGAAGCUGCAGUUAAAUUGGGAUCUGAACCGUUUAUUGUUGACUUGUCCAGCCCCAUUGAGUUUACGCCAUUGCAGUCGACGUUGCUGAAAGUGUUGUUGGUUCUGGUCCUUGGUACGUGUGUAUUAAUUGGUUAUUCCUGGGCCACCUACGGUCAAGUGAUAACCGAGAAGUUUGUCAAGCCAAGCACGCUUAAGGAAAUCGAGGAGCUUAAAUUAUCUGUGGCCAAAUUGAAAUUGCCCAAAGAACAUUCGCCGAGAAUCUAA